CAGCAGCAUGGCGGGCUCCGAGUUGCGGGCGGAGCUGGAGCAGCGGCUGGCCGCCUUGGCCAUCCGCACAGAAGUCGUGGAGCACCCCGAGGUGUUUACAGUUGAAGAAAUGAUGCCUCAUGUCCAGCAUUUGAAAGGAGCACAUAGUAAGAACUUAUUUCUUAAAGACAAAAAGAAAAAAGGCUAUUGGCUGGUGACGGUUCUUCAUGACAGACAAAUCAAUUUAAACAACCUUGCCACACAGCUGGGUGUUGGGCGUGGGAAUCUGAGGUUUGCUGAUGAAGCAGCCAUGAGAGAAACACUGAAGGUUGGCCCAGGCUGUGCCACCCCCCUGGCGCUCUUCUGUGACACUGGAGAUGUGACGUUUGUUCUGGAUUCUAUGUUUCUGGAAGGUGGACACGAAAAGGUGUACUUUCAUCCCCUGACCAAUGCUGCCACCAUGGGCUUGAGCCCUGAAGACUUUCUCACGUUUGUGAAGACGACAGGACAUGAUCCCAUAAUACUGAAUUUUGACAAAAACUAGCUGAGCUAAUGUUUAAAAUAGAUUUCUGAAAGCUGUUUUCCCUAUUUGUAAUUUACAUAAAGCAUUAAAAGUGCUGAGAGUAUUUUGUACCCUUGGUCUGGUGACUACCUCAACCUUUUUAGGAGGAAUAUUUCAUCUUUAAGGAGCUGUCUUGUCAGUUCAGAGGCCCCUUCCCCUUUCCCCCUCCCUCUUCGUCCUACAACAUCAUCUCCAGAGGAAUUCCUUCAGCAAUUAAGGCUACUUCUCAGAUUAACCCUCCUGCAUCUCUUUUAGGAUAUUUUCUGUACUUGAAAAAAGUUGCAAAACUAUAUGCAUAAAACUGAUACACAUGGUAGCGUACCUACAGAGGAAAAGCCAAAAUGAACAUAAGAAUAUAUUGUUAAUAGUGGUUAUGGAGCUUAUGGA